AUGCUAAACCAAAUUUUGAGCAAACUCGAAGAUCCGGAGUUCCCAUUGCUAAGUCCAAACAUAAAAGCUUUGAAGUUUUGGGGAUUACUAUUGCCUGAGAUUUGGUCAAAAAAGUGGAUGUACAUAGGAUUUCAUAUAUCAGUGAUCGUUUUCACUGCCACAGAAUAUGCCGAAAUUGUAUUCGUGAAAGACAACAUGAAUCUACUUCUGACGAAUUUGAAAAUCACCUUGUUAGCAACAGUCAGUGUAGGUAAAGUUACAAGCUUCCUCCUUUGGCAGAAUCAUUGGAAGAGUAUUAUCAAUUACGUUAACGAAGCCGACAAAGUACAAAGAGAAACCCGAAAUAUUGACAAGGAAGCAAUCAUAGAAAAAUACACUAAGUACAGUAGGAAAAUCACGUACUACUAUUGGAUUCUUAUGUACACAACUGUCGUUAUCGUGAUCACUCAACCGAUGUACAAGUACUUCUCCUCCGAAAUCUAUAGACAGAACGUAAAAAACGGCACCGAAACCUAUACUCAAGUUGUAAGUUCUUGGGUUCCAUUCAAUAAAAACGUUAUACCAGGUUACAUUUUGGCUUCUCUAUAUCAAAGCUAUGCUGCUAUCUAUGGAGGCGGAUGGAUCACAUCAUUUGAUACUAACGCUAUAGUUAUUAUGGUUUUCUUUAGAGGAGAGUUGGAAUGUUUGAGGGUGGAUUGUAGUUACAUUUUUGGUACGGAAAAUGUGGCUGUCAGUUAUGAAGAAGCCAAAACAAGAAUGAAAAAGUGUCACAAAAGACACGUAGAGUUGGUCAAAUAUUCUCGUCUAUUCGAUUCCUGUCUUGCGCCUAUUAUGCUGCUUUAUGUGAUUGUAUGUUCAGUUAUGUUGUGCGCUACAGCCUACCAAAUAACAUUUGAAACGAGCGCAUUGCAAAGGUUCAUUACAGCGGAAUAUUUAAUAUUUGGAGUCUCCCAACUCUUUAUGUAUUGCUGGCACAGCAAUGAGGUGCUUUAUGUGAGUAGAGAUUUAUCUCGGGGACCCUAUGAAAGCAUUUGGUGGAGUCGUGACGUAUCUGAACAGAAAGAUAUUAGAAUACUCACUGAGCAAUUCAAAAAGGUUAUCGUUUUUAGUGCGGGACCUUUUACUGAGAUCACUGUAGCCACUUUUAUAAGUAUCCUAAAGGGAGCUUACAGUUACUACACUCUGUUGAGUCAGUCGCAAGAAAACUAA